AUGAGCAAGCACGUCUGCUCCCUAUUCGGAAACGCCCCACUAAAACCGGAAAUCGGAGGUGUUUGGUUACACAGUCACAUGACGAAAACAGCAACGGCUACGUCAUCAGUAGCGGCAGUUGUUUCAGCAGUAGCAGCAACUACUUCAGCUGCUGCAGCAACCGGAAAUGAAUUGAGGGCGGUUCAUCCUGGUGACCGAAAAUGCCCUUGGGUAAUUCAAGGUCACAGAGGUCAACGAAUUAAUGUCAGCUUGAUCAUACUUCACAGACGUUUAGACGGUGAUGAAGAAGAAGAUGAUGAUGAUGAUGUGGACGGAGAUGAUAACAACGAUGGGGAAAUGACGUCAUCUCGCUGCCCAGACAUGCGCAUUGUGGUCAAAGAUAGCAAAAAGAUCAUCGGCUGUCCAUACCUUGAUAUUAAGGACGCCAAAAUUUCAAAAGCUAGAUCACGUGAUCAGAUAAACAACAACAACAACAACAACAGCAACAACAACAACAUCAACAACAACAACAACAUCAUUUCAGACACCAAAAACCACCUUAAUAAUAAUAAUAACAUCAAGAAAGAUGAUAAUGAUGAAAAUGACGUCAUGGUGGUCACGUGUAAUAGCAAUUCCUCGCUAGUCUACAGGUUAAGUUUCGAUCAUGACGUCAUCUUUUACACUGACGUCAUCGUCAUCAGCUGCGGCCGAUGGUUUAAAGCAUUCCAUGGCCCCAAAUCACGCAUCAACAUCAACAACAUCAACAACAUCAACAUCAACAACAUCAACAUCAACAACAUCAACAUCAACAACAACAACAUCUUCAAUUGCUCGCAAAUCAAAUUAGUGUUUUGUGGGAGCAACUACAACUACUACAACAACUACAACAACAACUACUACAACUACUACAACUACGACAACAGCUACAACUACUACUACUACUACAACUACGACAACAGCAACUACAACCACUACAACAACGACAACAAUAGAUUUAUUAUUAUUAUUAUUGCUGAUGUAUCAGCUAUAAACACUCGUAUUGAAACUGGAAAAUGUCAUUAA